AUGUUCAGGCUUGCCAGAAGUAGGCCCGUUUUGGCAGCUUUCAAUGCUAUCAAGGACUCCUCAAUUAAAAGCAAUGUUUUGCAGUCCCAGAAGCGAAAUUUGUCGAUUCAUGAAUAUCUCUCGGCCAAUCUUCUGAAAUCCUAUGGUAUUGGAGUGCCUAAGGGUGCAUAUGCGAAAACUGCUGAAGAAGCAGAGGCGGUUGCAGAGGAGAUCGGAGGCGAUGAUAUGGUCAUCAAAGCACAGGUGCUCGCUGGUGGGCGUGGAAAGGGAACUUUCAGUAACGGACUCAAGGGUGGUGUGCGUGUGAUAUAUUCACCAACAGAGGCCAAGAUGUUCGCUGGGCAGAUGAUCGGCCAGAACCUCAUCACCAAGCAAACUGGCGCAGCUGGAAAGCUCUGUACAGGUGUCUACAUCUGUGAGCGUAAAUUCGCUCGUCGCGAGUUCUACCUUGCCAUUUUGAUGGACCGUGCUACUCAAGGACCAAUCAUUGUCUCUUCCUCCCAGGGAGGUAUGGAUAUUGAGGGUGUUGCUAAGGAGAACCCCGAGGCUAUCAUUACCACCCCUGUUGACAUCCACACUGGUGUCACUGAUGCCAUGGCUACUAAAAUUGCUACUGAUCUUGGAUUCUCUGAGCAAUGCAUUGAGGAGGCAGCCGAUACUAUCAAGAAACUUUACAAGGUUUUCGUUGAAAAGGAUGCUACCCAGAUUGAGAUCAACCCCCUGAGCGAGACCAAUGAUCACAGGGUCAUGGCCAUGGACGCCAAAUUGGGCUUUGAUGACAACGCAGAGUUCAGACAACAGGAGAUCUUCUCGUGGAGGGACAAGUCCCAGGAGGACCCUGAUGAAGUUAAGGCUGCUGAUCACGGCUUGAACUUCAUCAAGCUUGAUGGUGACAUUGGAUGCUUGGUCAAUGGUGCCGGUCUUGCUAUGGCCACCAUGGAUAUCAUCAAGUUGAACGGUGGCCAGCCCGCCAACUUCUUGGACUGUGGUGGUGGAGCUACUGCCCAGGCUAUUGAACAGGCCUUCAAGCUCAUCACUAGCGACCCUAAAGUCACUGCUAUCUUUGUCAACAUCUUCGGCGGUAUCGUAAGAUGUGACGCUAUUGCUCAGGGUUUGAUCGCCACUGUGUCAAACAUGAACCUUAGAAUUCCAAUUGUUGCUCGUCUCCAGGGCACUAACAUGCAGGAGGCUCAGAGAUUGAUCAAUGACUCUGGAUUGAAGAUUUUCUCAUUUGAGGACCUGCAGGAUGCUGCUGAGAAAGCAGUGCAGUUCUCGAAAGUCGUUAAGAUGGCGCGUGAUAUCGAUGUUGGCGUUGAGUUCACUCUAGGAAUCUAG